CAAACAAUCUCAGCAGGCCGUGAUCUUCUGUCCUGUCACUUCACAUGCUGUCAAUUGCCAAUCGUGUCCGGUACAGAAAGAAACAAACACAGCCGUUUCCUAGCCCGGUAUGUGUACUCGCGACUGUUACCGUGUGUUUGGCUACUUUCUCGGCUUUCUGUGGAUGGUCAGUGCCGUGUACUAUACGACCGAAACGGUCGAACUGCUGAAGCUGAUGCGGUUACGGUGCGAUAAGGUGUCCGGGUCGUUACGUGCUCCGGACGACGGCGAUGACGACGCCGCGCCGGACGCCGGUCCGGCUCGGUUACAGUUUAGCACGGAAAUGAUUGCCCGCGUGUGUGAGUUCUAUACCCAUCUGGAUGUGUUUUUACCGUACCACAUCAUCACGACCAUCAUCAAAAUGACGCCCGGUGUACUGCUGGUGGUUGGAAUAUUUAAGAACAACAUCACGCUAGUGCAGGUGUUUGCGGUGUACGGUCUGCUCGAGGAGUGUUUCUUUGUGAUUGUGUUUUCGAAAAUAUUUGCCGUCAUACAAGCGAUCAACACGUCCGUCUGGAUCUAUUGGAUUAUUGUAAUAUUUUGCUUGAAGCUGUUUUUCGCCAUCUGGAUACUGUUGGGUGUGUAUGCGGCGAUACAGCCCCGCAGCAGGGCAUCCCGUCCUCCGCGCGUUUAACAAUCACAACCACCAAAUAACAACGCAGCGACACGGAUUUUCUUUGGAAAUAUGAAAUAUUAUUUACUAUAAUUGCUUCGCCUACUAGCUACUAGAGACAGAGAACAUAAAUACACCGGAGUGAAGGAAGAAGGGUUAAUAAUAAUUAUCAUAAUCAGCUAUUAACAGGAAUGCCAUGCGUGUUUAUCCCAUGCGCUCGCUUACAAUGCUACCUAGGGCGUUCGGCGAACGGGUGCGCCGGGAGUGUGGAAAUAAUAAAGCGCAAUAAUAAAAUAAUAAUAUUUGUUUAA